AUGGAUCAAUUCGUGUUUCUUCCGCUCUAUCUGGGCGUGGUUCUGGAGAACUUAUUACUUUUAAGUGCUGCUGCAAUUAUGUUGUUUGGGGAGUCACCUUCAACAAUCUUCCAAGCGCGGACUAACAAUUGCAAUUCUUUUGCGGACCAGUUCCGUGACAUCUUAGCUUGGGAUACAGUUGUUUGUUCUCAGCCUCUUAUGAGUGAUCGACUUCCUUUGAAUCAACUCAUGAAAGAUUAUGCAGAGGGAGAUUAUGUAUAUCAAGAAAAAUUGAAGGAUCUCCAAUCUCGCUAUAGAGAUUUAAGGCGAACACGAGGUGAUGGCAACUGUUUUUAUCGCGCAUUUGGGUUUUCAUAUUUAGAAAAACUUUUAGAUGAUAAAUCUGAUUUACCAAGGUUUAAAGAGGUUAUUCAUCAAAGUAAAGAAGACAUGGUUAAUUUGGGCUUUCCUCAGUUUACAUUGGAAGAUUUUUAUGAUACAGUGAGUUUUCUUUAA